CCGUUCUCUCCUCUCAUACGUGCUGCUGGUAACAAAGGAGACAACAACAGGGGGAUGAUGGGUGCUCAGACAACAAGCCUGUCAGAGAAACAAAAAGGAACUGAACCGGUUUGCUUUAACGUUGUGGAUCAUUUUUCUUAACAGUAUAUUUAACGACAGUGUUUUUAAAGUAGCGUACACUAUCGUAGCUGCGCUCCGGACCGAUUUUAACCUUUUUUUUGCCAAAGCUAACCAUGUUGGAUUGCCAACACUAGAGCCGAAUCACAGGAGAAGGAUUCAGAAAUGUCUGGAUAACAUUGGUGAAGAUGACAUGCUCACAUUGGGAGUAAACACUAGCUACCAUGUCUGUCCAGGAAGCAUCCCAACGGCCCCUCAAACCUGAGCCCAAACCGAGACUGGAGAUCCCUCCAAAACCGACACCACAAACCACCUGCCCUCCUCUGGGAGACAGCACAAGGCUUUCUGGAGGAAAGGUCAAGAGGAUUGUGAACAAGUUCAGCAUAAAGGAUUCGAAUGAACCGGGGGAACAACCCACCAAUGGUACUGCAAAACUAAGGUCAAUUAAACGGUCCAAAAGGCCGCCUACGGUAAAGCCCAAACCAGGCCGUGCCAGUCUGCAGCUUCAGAUUAGUGGAGAGAAGGCGCCUCCGCUGCCUGUUAAGAGGAGCCGCACCCUUCAGAAGCAGGAGAGUGGGGGUGCAGAGGAUAGGGAUACCAUCAGUGUGGAAGGAGGUCGAUCAGCGCCCGAUGGAAAAGAGGUGGAGAUCCAGUUGAUUGGAGGAGGUGAAGCGGAGGCGGAGCACAGUCCUCACACACCGCUCACCCCGUGCUGCGACCCGAGCUGCAGCUGCGUGUGCCACCUCCAGUGGCCUGGCAUGAAACUAAUAUGGGUGCCCGUGGAGAUGCAUGAUGGCGGGGAGGAGCACUGUGUUGUUGGAGACGAGGAUGAGACUGACGUGGAAGAGCAGGGAUGGGAGGACGAGGAGGUAGAUGGGGGAGGGGAGAGGGACAGCGAGGCAGAGGAUGAGGUGGACAGGACGUCUGUGGUUGACGAGAGUGAAGUGUUGAAACAAGACAAGUCAAAGUUCCACCAAUGUUUGGAGGUUUUGCUCGGUGAUGGUAACCGGAGGCUUUCGGACCCGGGCCCUCGCCCUGUUUUCACCUCUCUCGCUGUCACUCGCUCUCAGUCUCCCCCUGUUCCCCCGAAACGGGCUCAGUCACCACAAAUCCACCACUUAUCCACCCAAAACGAAGAAGAAAAUAUUUACGAGGGACACCCCUUCCUAAGCGGAAACAAAUUGAAAAGUACUAUCAUACCAGUUGUAAAACUGUCCUACAGCACCUCAGACCAGACGUCCGAGUUUCAUACGAACACAGAACCCAUCUUGAACCCAGACAAAGUGCCGCCUGCCAUCCCGCCGAGGAUACCUGUGGGUCAUGACAGCCACAGCCUCACGCGGGUGCACCGGGGCGGCGUUCCUCUCCCCCAGCCCACACUGGAGGAGUGGCGCACCUUGCGGCCCUCAUCCCCCAGCAGCUCCACUGCCAGCGGGCUGAGCACCCAGAGGGGCAUCGCUCCCUCCCUACCCAGCCCUCACAGACCCCCACCUCCACCACCAAAGACAGAUCCCAGGAGGCUUAGUAGUGCCUCACUGCAAUCCCUCACGCAGAAAAAAGGAGAGGAGAAUGAAGGGUAUGAAGAAGAGAAAGAUGACACAUUCAAAGAACUGCCUCCAGUCAGGAGCGGCUCCCUCAGGAGGGAGUCUUCGUUCAGCUGGGAGUCCCGGCUGCAGGAUGAGCCUCUGUACCAGACGUACCGUGCCACGGUCAUCACCAAGGAGAUCCGACGCCAGACAGUUUGUCGCAACAUCAGUAAAACUAGUGUGGACUACGCCAUGGACUGGACAGCCCGUCGCUCUGGGGCUGGAACCGGGACUGCGAAUGGAGCGCCUACACCGGGCCAGAGCACCCUGUGGCAGGACCUCCCAGCUGUUCGGGAGGCAGGGGUGCUGGAGCAGCUCACCCCUGAGCAGUGCAAGUACCAGGAGAGUAUGUUUGAGGUUUUGACAUCUGAGGCCUCUUACCUUCGAUCCCUGCAAGUUCUGACCGAACACUUCCUGGACAGCCGAGAGCUGGAGGAAACAAUGAUCAUCAGAGAGAAAAAAACCCUCUUCUCCAACAUCCUGAGGGUUCGAGAGGUCAGCGAGAGGUUCUUGAAAGACCUGGAUCAACGCAUAUUCAAGGACCUGGUCUUUCCUGAUAUCUGUGACAUUAUCCACUACCACGCCCAGCACAACUUCCCAGCCUACAUCGACUACGUCCGCAACCAGAUCUAUCAGGAUAAGACCUACACCUCACUCUUGAAGAACAACGCGCAGUUUGCUACGGUCAUCACUCGUCUCCAAGAGUCGCCUCAAUGCCAGCGGCUGCCCUUCAUGUCCUUCUUGCUGCUGCCCUUCCAGCGAAUAACACGCAUCAAAAUGCUCAUUGAAAACAUCCUGAAGAGAACAAAGGAGAGGACGAAAGAGGAGCAGACGGCCUCCAAGGCAUUGGCUUCCGUGUCGAAGGUAAACGCCCCUCACUCUUCACCCUCUCUUCUGCCUACACAUCCAUGUAAUCGGACUCGGAGUGCUUCGCACGCCUCCGGAUAUUUGACAAUCAACAUCCAUGUCUCUCAAACACUGGAGUUUGACAAGCUCAAGGCCAUCCCGAUCAUCUCUCAGACACGAUACUUGGAGAAGAAGGGAGAGCUGCAGGAAAUGUCCAAAGGAGGAACCAUCUUCAACAUGAGGGCAAAGUUCACCCCCAUCUACCUCUUCCUCUUCAAUGAUCUGCUAGUCAUCACUGCCAAGAAAGGGGCGGAGCGUUUUGUGGUACUCGACCAUGCCCAUCGCUCUCUGGUGCAGGUGCAGCCAAUAGAUGAAGGUGGGGGCAGCAGCGGGCCCUACGAGCACUGCUUCAACCUCACCCUGCUGGAGAACCACCAGGGACGCAUGAUGGAGAGGCUGAUUAAAGCUCCCUCCCAGUCAGAUAUGCACAGGUGGAUGGCGGCUUUCCCCAACCCCACCAACCCAGACAGAGACGAAGAUGAAGUGAUUUAUGAAGACUGGGAUUGUCCUCAGGUGCAGUGUGUGGAGCAGUACAUUGCCCAGCAGGCAGACGAGCUCACCCUGGAGCCCACUGAGAUCAUCAACGUCAUCCGCAAAACCAAUGAGGGCUGUUAUGAAGGCAUCCGCCUGUCGGACGGUCAGAAGGGCUGGUUCCCCGUAGGAAACGUCAUAGAGAUCACCAACGAGCAUGUGAGGCGGCGAAACCUCCGAGAGCGCUACAGAGUCAUUCAGGCUGCAAGCAUGGUCACCAACAGCAAGACCAACACCCUUCAGUAGGAUCGAUGGAUGUUUACAUGACUUUUUUUUUUUUAUUAAAGACAAUGAAUGGAUACAAUAUCUUCAGAAAUGAACUCUGUACAUAGAUUAUUUAGGGACUUUGUGUUGAAGUGUGAGUUUCUAACAACCAGGAACUGAGAGAUAAAAAGGAGAAGGGUGAAGAUCAUGAGACAUCAUAACAGAGACCUGCAAUCAUCUUACUGGAGUACGCAAGUGUGCAGCUGGGAGCACACUGACAGACACUAUGAAUGCGCAUGCAUUCAAUAACCAAGAUCAGCAUUACAGCUGUAGAAUUUACCUCUUGUGAGCAUGCAACCUUUCAUUAACGCCUCCUCUGCAAAAACUGAAACGGCACAUUUGAAAUGCCAAUCAUUCCAGCUAUUGCUCGACCAGAUUGUACAAAUACAGACCUGCUGCAAAGAAAAGAGUUGGGUGUUCCUGUUAACGCCUGGUGUCAUCGUUGUCACGUGACCACACAAGUUAAAUACUUUUCAUUCCUGCCAUGCACAACAGCCUCUCUUGUGUUACGAAAGGUGGCCAGAAUAAAGGAUAACAUGUUUUUAGGAUACAAGAAUCUUGUAAAAACACAACACUGUUGAAUUUCAGUAAGUAACAUUUAAAAAAAAAAGGAAUAUAUAUCACCACAAAACAAAAUCAGGAAGUGCCUUUGAAUAAACUCAAUUACACACCAGGACUUCGGUCAGGAUCAUAUCAAGCCCAAGAGCUUUGAAAAACGCAUGUAAAUGUGUGCCGAGCUGUACUGCCGUUAUGACGUUUCAGUCGUUGUGCUGUCCACUAGCUUGUUAGCUUGUGUCAGUAGCCAUUGUGGAAUAAUACUGUAGCUCCCCCUGACGCUUGUCAGUGAAGAUGGGAUAUUAUUUGUGGAUAUGCUGUAAAUGUACAAUAUGUUGUAAAUAAUGAGUGGGGAGGAUUCUCUUUCAAAAACAGUGCGUAGUGCUUUUAAUAAAAACGUCUUUUUAGCUC